AUGUCCAAAAAGUAUUAUGAAAAAUUAUUAAGUGAUAUUCAAAAUCAAUCCAAACCGGUUGAAUCAAAAUUUGGUUCUUAUAUUCUUCAAAAGUUUGGAUGGGAAAAGGGUAAGGGAUUAGGAAAACACGAAAAUGGAGACGUGAAAAUUAUAAAGAUAAAAAAAUAUGGAGAACAUGGGCUUGGUUAUAAUGAACAUGAAGAAAAUGACAAUGGGAUGUGGUGGGAAAAUAUGUACAAUAAUUGUGCUAAGAAAAUCAAUACUGAUAAUAAUAAUAAUAAUAAUAAUAAUAGAACAAAUUCUAGUAACAGUAAUAAUAAUUCAAAUGAAAAAAUUGUCAGAAAUAAUGAAAAUAUAAAGUACUCAUUAUUUGUUAAAAAAGAUACUUGUAUAAUAAGUCCUGCUUGCACUAGCUUAGAACAACAUCGACAAGCAGAAGACGAAAAAAUCAACAAAAAAGAAGAUAUUAAAAUUAAGAAUAAACAUAUUAAUAAGAAUGAAAAUAUUAUACAUAAUAGUAAAUUAAUAACUAAUAAAUCAGGCGAACAAAAUCAUGAUGAAUAUGUAAAAAGAAAUAAAAAGAAAAAAAAAAAAAAAAAAGAAAAAAAAAAAACAUAA